UACACAUUGACAAACUUCUAUGCAUCCAACAGCAAGGUGAUGUACCAUGUUGCUGAUCAGAGGCUGGUAAUCUGCAUCUCACACGACUCUGCCCUGUCAAAAGAUGAAGAAGACGUUGAAAGCAUUUUGACAGAGCGCUUCAGAGUCCAUUCCUUUUCAGACUUUGAAGCAAACUGCGAUCUCAGAGGGGAUCUUCACGAUGUUGUUGGCCACCUUAAGCUGGUUGAUGGCCAGGCUCUCCAUCAGCGUCCGGUUUUGUGCAACAAGGAUGGCUCAGUUUCUCGGAAAGUGACGGUCCAUUUGCAGCUUAAAGAUGGUCCAGUGGUGAACGUCUAUCUAUGGGACGAAGCCGCAGAAAGUUUCCGCCUGAAGUUUGACGCAAGUGCAACCACUCCAACGGUCCUUCUGGUCACAACUGUGAAUCCUAAAAGGCUCGGGGGGAAGUUGUGCCUAAGUUCCAUGUCCUCUUCAAGGGUGUUUUUGGACGAAGAUGUUGACCCCACCAGUGAAUACUUGGCCUGGUUGAGUGCGAACCCUUCUGCCACUUCUUUGGUCAACCCAGUUGAGGUUGUCAAAGCUGAGACUCUCACAAUAAGUGAGAUUGCUGUGUUCCUCAAACGUGAGCCUGCUAAGGUUGCCUACUUUGACUGCAUUGCAACAAUUGAUGAUGUCAAGCUUGGGGCUGAGUGGUAUUACAUUGCUUGCAAAGAUUGCCAGACCAAGCUAAACCGUGGUCCGACAACCUUGCUUUGUCCAAAAUGCCACAAUGAAGAUGCUACUGCAUUAGCCAACUAUCGGGUGGAGCUUUCUGUCUAUGAUAAUGAGGAGCAGUGCACGUUCAUCAUCCUCGGAGAUGCUGGAAAAGAGCUCACUGGCAGAAAAGCAUCAGAGUUGAUUGACGCCUAUGUUCAGGAAAAUGGUGGAGAUGAGGCUGAGCUUGAAGUUCCACUGCCACAGUGUUUUAUUGACACAAUUGGCCAGACAAAGAAAUUCAGGAUCAAGGUCUCCCCCUACAAUUUCACUUCAACCCGACUUUCCUUGACCGCUACCAAGAUUAUCUCACCAGCAGUUUUACCACCAAAAAAUACGCCACUCAGCACGCCACUUUCUCUUCUUGGCGCACAAAACCAUCGUCCGGGAGCUGAAGUGGGAAUCUUAGAGGUAGCUGAGAGCAGUGGUAGUGGUACUUCGGCCACUGACGACCAGAAGGAAGCUAAGCGUAUCAAGCGUAGUGGCUAGAUCUCAUACACCAAAAUCACUCCACCAGUGGCUGGUACAGACUGCCCAGUCAGCAUGCUUCCCUAAUAACAGUCUUCUUAUUUCUCUUCAGUCAUUUUGUUUUCCAUUUUGCUAAGACAAUUUCAUUUUGCUAAAACGUUAUGGAUUUCUUAUCUUAUUAAGUUGUUUGGUUUUCAUUCCUACCUUGGUUAUGCAGUCUUAUAAAUUUUAUGUAUUCGUAUUCAUUAUUGUAUUAUGAAGAGGUCAACAUAAUACAAUGCAUGAAUCGAAUAAGGAAAACGUACGAUCCAUGCAUUGAUACGUUUACGUCCAGCUGUUAAUUAUUACAGUUCGAUCUACCACAAAUAGAAUAUUAAUUUGUUCAACCUUAGCUGAUUCAAUAGAAUAUUCUUCAAGUAAAUUAAUAACGAAACUGCCAUAUUUCAUCCCAAUAAAGAAGACUGCAUUCAUUAAGAAUUUAAUAUAAUAUAUUCUACCAUUAAUACAAAUAACUAAAGAUAUGUAAAAACCACAUAACGUUUUGAAAAGAAGUAUUCAAGUUCUUGCAUUAGGUCUACACACAUAUCCAUCGCCUCUCAGCCAGAUUUCGAGUCAAUCUAAUAUUCCCUGUAAGAUUUUUUGUAUUACGAUUAUGUAUUUGCUUUCUUUUAUUUGUUUCUGUUAUGCUUUGCUGUUGAUAAUCCUGUUGAGUCUUGAUUUUUCAAUAAGUUGUGUACAAGUCAAUACCCCCGAAGGAAAUGUUAAUUCCUUUCUGAUGGGUGAGGGAUUGUGAAGGAUUUCUAUAAACUAUACAAACCAUUCACAAUUUCUCGAAUGUAUAAAUAAAAACCUUAGAAAACAUUAGAAAACAUUCACACUUUCUCACCGUUUACAAUUCCAAAAAGCUAUAGAACACGUUCACAAAUAACCCUUGAUUGCUCAAACAUUCAACAAUAAUCCCUUAUUAAUUUUAACAUUCACAAAUAACCCUUUAUUCUAAAAAGAUAUAUUUUAACUUAUUCUGAAAAUAAUGGUUAUCUAUAUUUCAGUUUGUAAAAUAAAUUCGAAAUUUCACUCCUAUUUGAUACUGCGUUAUUUAAAAGGAUUAUUAAAGUCUGUUUAAUUAUAAAAAAAAUUAAAUAUGGGAUUAAACUCUUAAUAGGUAUUGCUUCCCGGAUGCAUGAAGGUAAUAAACUAAACAUAAACUUUACAAAAAACUAAAUGCUAACAAAUAUUUCACUUUUUUCAGGAAAACUAUCACUCACAGCAACACUUGGAACGCGCUUCUACUUUAACAACGAAAUUGAUAUCAUUCAACGCUUCCAAAAGAGGAAUAAACUACUAUCCUAAGCCUAAUAGCAAACGCAACCAGUCCUCAACAAAAUUAUUUACUCAAACUUACUAUGUUUUAAUAAAAGAUAAUUAUCACCGCUUCCAACGUCUUCCCAUUAUAAAAAAAAAUACGAAAGUUGACUUUUCUUUCGGAUACUUCAAAAUUAUCAAUUUUAAUUGACCAGAUUUUUAUUAAAUAUGUAAUCCGCGCGAAGCGCGGACACCGACCCUAGUAGUACAAAAGACAGAAUAAAGAGACCACCCAAGUCAAACACUUAUAACAACAACAACAAUAAUCGUAAGACUCUCUUCUAUAUUAAUACAUGGCCAAGAAUGACUCCUUUUGAAGCAACUAUCAUGUCAAUGCCAAGUGACCAAAUAAUUUGUGAUGCCAACAACCAGGUGCUCAUCUUUGUUUUUUUUUUGUUCUUCCUUCUCUUCCUUACCAGAGCUUUCCCCUUUAUCAUCUUCCUUGGCUUUCUCUACACUUUUCUUAUCCUCAACCGAAAUAUUCUCAAGUAAACCAGCAGCCUCAUCCCCCUCUGUGCUAUUUUUCCCUACUUGCUCGCUUUCAACUAUUCGAAUGACCUUCUCCAUAAACAUUUUGCAGUCUGCUGAUGAAAUGCAGCCACUUAAAAAAACCAGAUAAAUAAUGCAGGCAGCACAAUACCUAACAAAAUUCUUCUACUCUCAAUUGAUUUUCACUCAUCACAGCUAAGAAUGAGCACCAGUAUAUAAAAGAGUUAAUCAGCAUAAAUACGAUCAUGAUAGUGUUAUUUAACAUCUUACGUAUUACAUAACCAUUUUGUCUCCUGGUCUGAUCAAGUACUACCACUAAAAAGCACAAGUGUUAACUUCAGUCAUAAGCAAAAGAGGUGAAGUGGCUACAAAACUCCAAUCAUCACAUCUACGGCAUUGCGAUAGUUUUUCUUAAAACUACUUUCGCUGAUUCAUUCAGCAACGGUAGGUGAGCUACCAGUGAAUACUUCUGGAACAUUAUAGACCCCCAACACUAAAACUACGCCAUUCAAACCUAAUGAGAAAAUCAACAAGACAAGAAACUACUUACUCUCAAAUGACGCAUAUCUAAAAUGAUUUUCAAACGAUUCGUUAAUGCAACUAACAAAAAAAAUCGUCAAAAGUAAAAAAAUUAAAUCGAAAUUAAUUGAUAUUUGUUGAGUCAGAUUACAAAUGAAUCAUCAGAGGGAUUAAAUCCUCAGCCAGGGAUAACUGUUUUUCAUAUUUGUUCUCAUCAUCCACAACAAAAUUUCACUGAAUCCGAAUCUUUCAAUACAAAAAAAAAUCAGACCGAAGCCUUGGACAGGUCUAGUCAAAAAGUUAUAUUUUUAUCUUCAUAAGCUUCUUAUUGAAUUAACAAAAAGAACACUAAAUCAUAAGUCAGCGAAAUAUUAAAACAAUAAAAACUAGGAAGAACUCAGUCCCUUAGAUGUUCAUAAUGAAAUGCGAUCAUUACCGCAAUCAUUACAGGUCUGUAAACUGACUCAUCACUGUUCUUGCCAAGAAAAUAUCUAUGAAAAAAACAAAUACUACAACAUAAAAGACAU